GUCCUCACAGGACCUAUUGGGCCACUUGCCUUCAGUAACCCACACCUUCCCUCAGCAUCCUUCCUCCAGGUCCAUCUUCACAGGGCUGUCUAGACCCCAGCUGCCUCUGUCCUUCCCAAGAUAGCUGCCACUCUUGUUCCUUUCCAACUAAUCAGCAUUGUUUUCCAAAGUAACGCUAAAGUUACUUUGGGCUUAACCCUUCAUGCACUGGGAAGGAUCUGUAAUCCCUCUAGCAUCACUAGUCACAUUGUCACCAUUAGAAGCACACAGCUGUUCAAAUAACCCAGAGUAGUCUUUUGUCCUGCUAAAUGAUUUUUGUAUUGCAUUUCGGGGAAAUGCUUUUCCCCUCUCCCCAAAGUAUGGCAUCUCUGCUUGGCCAUCAGCUGCCUCUUCAGGUAUUCCAGCACCCAGUAGGGCUGCAGACUCACUGUUUCCAGGCACUCUGCCUUCCAGGGCACCUACCUGGUCCUCUCUAUUGUCCUAACCUUUCCUUACAAGUUCUAUGGACCGUCUUGCCUCCCAUGGUCCCUUCCCAAACCUACCCUCCCCCAGCUUCCUGCAGCAUUGUUCCUUUGGCCCUGUGACCUCUAAACUGCUCAUGCACCCCAUCUUCAGCUUAUUUUCUCCAGUCUAGCACAUGUGACCUCCUGAUUCUUACUGCCCAACCAUGGACAGUGCACAGGGACUGGGUCUCUGGAGAAGAAAUGCUGCUGCCAUGUGGCAGUCUGUGCUGGAGAGCAGAGGCUGCUGGGAACUCAGCCCUCCCCAUAGCCACCUCUCUGAUAUGCUCUUCCCUCCAGGACCCCAAGCCCUUGCCAUAUCUCUGCCACAAGCAGCCGUACACAUUUGAUAUCAACUUGUCUGUUGCCUUGAAAGGAGAAGGAAUGAGCCAGGCGGCUACCAUCUGCAGGUCCAAUUUUAAGAAUAUGUACUGGACCAUGCUGCAGCAACUCACACACCACUCUGUUAAUGGAUGCAAUCUGAGACCUGGAGACCUCCUGGCUUCUGGAACCAUCAGUGGAUCAGAACCUGGAAGCUUUGGCUCUAUGCUGGAACUGUCCUGGAGGGGAACAAAGGCCAUCGAUCUGGGCCAGGGGCAGACCAGGACCUUCUUGCUGGAUGGCGAUGAAGUCAUCAUAACAGGUCACUGCCAGGGAGACGGCUACCGUGUUGGUUUUGGCCAGUGUGCUGGGAAAGUGCUGCCUGCCCUCACACCAGCCUGAGGCUCCAGAAACCACAAGCCACAGCCUUGCCUGCCAGGGACCAUGCUGCUGCUGCCCUUCAUUCAAGAAUGAAUAAAUCCAUUUCGCUUGUGGGAAAUGCCA